UUUUCGUUGAAAAAGUCUACUACUGAGUGUGAAAAGCGUUUGUACCCAUCAUUGUUUGAACCAAAUAAUAUUUGCUAAAUUUAUCAGCUUAUUUUCAUGUUGAUAGCUCAAAUUGAGAAGACAAGAUAUUUGAAAACGUCUCUGAGGUUCAGAUAAAAUAAUUAAAUAAAUUAAACCAUUCGUUUUUUCGUCUAAGAUAGUGUAAGUAUAAGUUAGAUAAGAAAAGCAUUCUUAUCUGCUUCAAAAGGCAAUUCUUUCCUCAAUUCAUAAUAUAAAAAUGUAAAUAUCUCUGAAGGUUAUCUAUUUAUAUAAAUAAUGUUCACGUAGUGGCAAUCUGUUGGUGAUUUCCAAUUCUACAUUCUCGUUAAAAUGUUUUUUCAAUUGAAAUACAAUUUCAAAACAGAAAAUUUCGAAAAUAGAUCCACGGAAUCCAAUUUUGGAUUCUUCGAUAUAAUAUAUAGGAUGAAAGAAUAUAUUUAAAAUUAAAAGAGAACUGAGUAGUUUUUACCCACAAAAAACUUCUUAAGUUCGAAAAAUGAAAUGCACACUUAAUCUGUUAUGAAGAAAUGAUGUAAUCUAUUCUGUGAAAAUAUGUUGAUAAUCAAUAUAAUGAUUUUCUAAUAUUAUGAAAUUCACUUAAUCCGAUCUCAUUCAGAGAUAACAGUUCAUGUCAGUAUUCAAGAUAAUUGGAUCAUUUCAAUUCCAUCUGAGAUUGUAAACACAUUACUACUUGGCUUCAAAAUGGUCGUUCUGAAAUACCGAGGCUUGUGUGCACCAGUAUUCACCGUUUUUCGUAAUGACCUGUCCGUUGAUGUGAGUAUCAUCCCAAGAUAUGCAAAAUUUUUAGCAGAUAAUGGAGUUGAUGGAGUACUGGUUCACGGCACUUCCGGAGAAGGCAUGUCGAUGACUGUCCAAGAAAGAAAAGCCGUCGUGGAGGAAUGGUCCAAAGCGGUGAAAACCACCAAGCAACAUCUGAUGGUCCAAGUGGGCGGGUGUCCCUUGCCUGACGUCAUCGAGUUGGCAAAACACGCCGAAUCCAUAGGCGUCGAUUCUUUGCUGUGUCUUCCUGAGCUGUAUUUCAGGCCGACGGUUACCAGACAGCUGAUAAAUUAUUUGAGGGUGAUUGGAGAGGCUGCCCCUAAGACACCACUACUUUAUUAUCACAUUCCUGCAUGGACCGGAGUAAACUUGAAUAUGGCAACGUUAAUGAAUGAAGCCGCCUCAGAACUACCAACUUUCCAAGGUAUCAAAUACACCUCUGUAGAUCUGGAAGGUGGGGCAGCUGCUUUGAAAGCAAAUAACGGGAAAUACGCUGUCUUCCUUGGAUCAGAUACGUUGAUGGCAGCUGCCUGUGGUAUGGGAUUCGAUUCCAUCAUUUCGACAACAUUGAACUUGUUGCCUCAAUCAGCAGUCGGUAUCAUGAAGGCAGUGAAAGAAUCCAGAAUUGAGGAAGCUAAGAAGAUUCAAGAACGUGUUACUGCCGCUUGCUCUAUCAUAACCAAACAUGGUGCUUGGGUACCGACUAUGAAAGUUGCUAUGAACCAUGUGACUUCCAUUAACGUUGGGAAAUCAAGACCACCCCUGGACAAUUUGACCGAGGCACAGGAGAAAGAGAUGAGAGAUUCGCUGAAAGCAAUAUCUGUCUUGUAGAUUAUUAUGAUCAAUACUCAAAUAUAUGCAAUAAUUUUUAUAUGA